GCUACCUACUACAAUACCGGUAGCCAGUUACGAAGUGGUGGGAACAUUCUGAUCGACUCUCGCUCAUCAUCGCAAACGGUGUAAAAUAGAUCUUACGAAUUACCAACGCAGUUGUGGGCGACACUGAUUUGUUGAUGUGCACCAGGCAUUAAUGCAUAUCGAUUUUCCAUUUUCCAUUUCAGUUGACCGUAACAAACAGCAACCGUAAUGACCGCUCUUUCCAAUGUUUCGGAGAAUCAGGAUGAGCCAUUGCACCUCGAGACGGACUCUAACCGCGGUGUAGCGACAGCGUCCACUAGAAGCCAACAAGAUAUGGUUCGUGAUCUAGAAGAAAAGGCGAGGAAGAUCCUUGCCAAGGAAAGCGAAGAAGAACGAGCGGCAAGGAAGAAACGAAAGGAAUCAAUGGUCGAGGGCGGUAAUCGGUUUUAUAAAUGGUUCUGCAGACGGUUUCGAAAAGUAAAACAGCAGUGGGAAAAGCAGUGAAUGAGACUGCCGACAAUAUGUCGUUGAAACCAUGAUUUCUUCGCAUCGCUUCUCCAGUAACUUUUGAUGUUGGAAACUGAGGGUAGAAUGGCGACUUCCAAGAUUCCUCCGAUGCUUGAUAAUGGACGUAGCCAAUAUCCAUAAUCUGAAGAAGACACCGACUGGCCUUGGCAUGACGAUAGUGCGAUUUGUGCUACUGCACGAUGAGAAAUGGUAUCUUCAAUACAAAAACGAAGCUCUUGUUGCUACUACCACAAACUUGCUCGGUCGUCUGCGAAUUCUCUUACAAAUUCCAUCAAAGUACAAACAAGCGAUUUUCUACUAGAUCUUACGCUUGUUUAUGCCAAUGGAGUGCACUGGAAUCACGGUCACAAUAGCAAGUAUACCGUCGUGCAUCGAUACUACAGGACUGAUUUGAUCAAUGUUUUUGAUCUAGUAGUAUACCUCAUACAACAAGAAAAAAUCACAUAAAUGAGUUGAAUCUUU